AUGUCUGACAACGCAGAUGCGGAGUGCUUCAGCCAAAAUGAGUUGGUAGCGCCAAGUUGGCUGAAAGUUGAGUUCAUUGAGGAGGUCUUGAGAUCGAACAAAGAGGAUCCGGAACUCAAAGUAACUGACCUGAACAUCACUCCCGCUACGCUCGAGGGCGAUCACUGUGCCAGUGUAAUGUUUCGGACUACGGCGGAGUAUACCACAGCGAUGGGAACUUUUAGUACGUCUCUUAUUGUAAAAACUAUUCCUGAUCAGGAGGAACAUACAAAUGACAUGUUUAGUAAUUCGCGCUUGUUUUCGACGGAGAUCGGAAUGUACUCCAAGGUUCUUCCGGAGUUUGAGAAGAUUCUACGAGAAGCGGGCGAUAGUACCAAGUUGUACGUGCCCUGUCUGUAUUACAGCUUCGAACCACGGCAGGUGCUGAUAUUUGAGGAUCUUGUGCCCCAAGGAUACACCGUCAUUCGGAAUCGACCAGUGACACCAGUGGAGGAAAAAGCCGUAUUCACCAAGUUGGCCAAGUGGCAUGCAGUGAGCAUGAAGGUUAUUAAUGAGCAACCUGAUUUCUUGAAAGACUUUCAAUACGGGCUGAUCGAAAUGCCCAAUUUUUUGACGGGCCACCUGAUGAUCACAGGAAUGGAAAAUUUUGUCGAAAUGCUGUCUGUAAUACCUGAGCUAACAAAGUACAAGGCGUUCUUUAGUAAAAUACAAGACACCAACUUAUCCAGGAUGGCUGAAGUUAUGCAGGAGUUCCGGAAGAAUCGACAACCCGAUGGACACUACGUUCUCAGCCAUGGAGACUUCCACAUCCGGAAUAUGAUGUUCAAGACCAACAAGAAUUCGGGGACCUUCGAGGAUGUCAUGUUUGUGGACUUUCAGGUCUCCAAUGUAUCACCGUCGUCAGUGGACCUAAUAUACGCAAUAUACAGGGUGCUGGAGCCCGAGCAUCGUUGUCAACUUGGAAAGGAUGCGGUGAAUAAAUAUUACUCCGUUUUGGUGGAUACUUUGCACAAAAUUGGCUAUAAAGGGGAGCUCCCUACACUGGACGGUCUGUGGCAGAGAAUUCACUAUCAUAAAUACUAUGGCUUUUUCCUGAUGAGCACUUUUUUGCCUUUGCUCUUAGCAGUCAAAGCAAAUGCUUUUAAGAUGGCUGAGCUUGCUCAGAACAACGAUAAUAGAAAGAAAUCCUAUUUUCUAGAAGGUUACCUGGAUGAAAUCAAAAAGCUUUUACCAAAAUUCGAGGAGCUGGGUUACUUCAAUGAUAUUUAA